GCAUUUUGUCAUUAAUUUUCUGGAAAACAGGGAGAUGGCACAUGAAUCAACUCCACGACCAUGUUGUCAAAGUUCAACGCUCUCCUUAUCCUUCCUUUGCAUCUUCAUCAGCAUCGUCUUCGUCGUGUUUAAACUCUCCAGAAGAACCAAAACAAAUUUACCUCCAUCCCCACCUAAGAUACCCUUCAUCGGAAAUCUUCAUCAGCUUGGCACGUUGCCGCACCGUUCCUUCCAAGCCCUCUCUCAUAAGCAUGGCCCUCUCAUGUUGUUGCAGCUGGGGCAGGUCCCCACAAUCAUCGUUUCAUCUGCUGACGUCGCCGGAGAAAUAUUCAAAACCCACGACCUCGUUUUCAUGAACCGCCCAAAAACCACCACCGCGGGUAUCUUUCUCUACGGCUACAAGGACGUGGCUUUCACCCCCUACGGCGACGAGUGGAGACAGAAGAGGAAGGUGUGCGUUCUUGAGCUUGUGAGCAUGAAAAGCGUGCGGUCCCUGCAAUUCAUCCGCCUUGAAGAAGUCGCAGAAAUGGUGGGUGCCAUACGCGAAGCGUGUGCGAGUGAAACAGCCUGUGUGAACCUGAGUGAGUUGUUGAUUGCACUCACCAACAACAUAAUGUCGAGAUGUGUUCUUGGACAGAAGUACGACACUCCCGAUGGUAUUAACAACUUUGGGGAGAUUGGAAGGAAAUUGCUGACUCAGUUCACAGCUUUCUGUGUGGGAGAUUUCUUCCCUUCGUUGGGUUGGAUUGAUGUUUUAACGGGCCAAAUUCCUAAGUUUAAGGCCACUCUUGGUUUGUUAGAUGGUUUCUUUGAUCAGGUAAUAGCAGAACAUAAAGAAAAGAUGACGAAGAAGGAUGGCAUAAAAUCCGAAAAGAAAGACUUCUUGGGUAUUCUUCUUCAACUUCAAGAGACCGGUUCGCUUGGUUUUGAGCUCUCCCAAGAUAUUCUCAAAGCAAUGCUUGUGGACAUGUUUAUAGGGGCAAGUGACACAACUGCAACAACUCUGGAAUGGACUAUGGCGGAGCUGAUGAGGGAUCCAAAUAGCAUGGAGAAGGCUCAGGAAGAAGUGAGAAGAGUGGUCGGAGAUAAAGCAGAAGUUGAUGAAGAUGAUGUGAAGCAAAUGAGUUAUCAAAGAAGAGUGGUCGGAAAUUGUGUUAUCAAAGAAAGCUUGAGGUUGCAUCCACCAGGUCCUCUUUUGCUUCCUAGAGAGACAACCUCUGGUGUGAAACUAAGUGGGUACGAUAUUCCAGCCAAGACAAGAGUAAUGUUGAACGCAUGGGCCAUACAGAGAGACCCUAAAGUUUGGGACAGAGCAGAUGAGUUCCUUCCGGAAAGAUUUGAAAAGAGGGACGUAGAUUUGAAAGGACAAGAUUUGUAUAUUCCAUUUGGGGGUGGAAGAAGGGGAUGCCCUGGAAUUACAUUUGGGAUGAGUGUAGCUGAGUAUGCACUUGCUAAUCUUCUUUAUUGGUUCGAUUGGAAGCUUCCUAAAACUGAUGGAACUGUGCAAGGUAUUGACAUGAACGAGAGAUAUGGGAUCACCGUCAACAAGAAGCUUCCACUUCUCCUUCAACCGAUACCCUUCUCCUUAGGAAGUGGAUCCAAACCUUCACAUAUCCACCAUUAAUAGUCUCUUUAAUGUUUCAUUUCUUCUUUCUUUUAUGUUUUCGACCAAGUUACUACUAAAGUAACGAUGGGUAUGUGCCUGAAUUCAUGUUGUAACCUUGAAUGUUAAAAUGGACAGAAAUGUUUUCUGCUUGAUGUUCGUCAAA